CUGCUAUUACUCUGUCAUGGUGUUUAGAUCAUCGUAAUAAAAUAACUGUGGCAGCGUUGUAAAACGCGGCAAAAAUAGUUCUUUUGUUUGUUUUUGUUAUCCUGCUGUGUAAAAUUCCCUCUAAAAAUUUACGGAGCAACAAAAAUAACACGAACUAUUGAACUAAAAGAAUUUACGUCUAGAAGUCAAAACUGGUAACACACUCAAGCGAUUUUCAAAUGGAGGGCUCUUCAAACAGCGGCACAGUCACAAGAGAAUCCACGAUGGAAUCAGACGCUAGUAUCGGGAAACAGUCUAGCAUGGAAGGUGAAGAUAGUGAACCGGAUGGAGUGAUAUUCCCGACAAAAUCAAAGAAACAGAGAAACUUUGCUUUAUUGGACUCGGAUGAUGAAUUAUCACAAAAGCAAACAAAUAAUUUGCGUGAAGAAAAUUCCAUCACAAGUACAUUAUCUCCUCCACAUGAAAAAGAAUUUGAUAACAUAAAUGCAUCAGGUGAAAAAAAAUCAAAAAAAAAGUCAAGACGAUCAAGGAUUAAGCCAUUGUGGAUUUCAGAAGGCAGUGACAAUAGUAGUAGUGAAGAUACUUCAUCUUGUCUGUUGAAAGAAGAUAAUGUCUUCCAUAUUUCUAAUCAAGUGGAACACAAUCUUUUCAAUCAGUCAUCUCAAGAUACAGUCUCAAAGAAAAAUUUGACCAGUGAUUCAGAUGAUGACAUCCCACGUUUCCAAGAAAAUUUGAAGAAAAAGAGUUCCCAACUAAGCUCAGAUUGGUGUGCCAUAGAUGAAAGUGAUGCUAGCUGUGAAGAAGAUGAUUCAGUAAAGAACGAAAAAAACAUUUCCAAAUCGUUUUCUAACAAGAUUGUGAAAAAGAAACCCAGUGAGAAAAUGCAGGAAAUACAAAGGGAGUCUCAACGGAUGGUACGGGAAUCAUCUGCUUGUCUGCCCUAUCACAAACCAAAACAAAGGAGCCUUAUCGAAUUUCUUAAUCGCAAAAGAGUAAGCGCGGGUGGCACUGUUACACCGAGGCCUAAGGAUGUAGAUUCUGUUGUACAAGUACUAGAAGAUCGUGUUAAAGAAAUUGAAGAAUUUUUCAAAUCUGAAUCAGAGGAAUCUCAGUCCGAAAAUGAAAUUGGGGACAAUUUUGAGAGCCUUCCUCCUUUAAGAGACCAUAGGCAUCUGCUUGAACAAAAUGAAUUUGCACCAGCCAAUCUUGUUCAGGUUUCAACUUGCCCCAGCAAAAUAUCCAACGCUUUAGAUAAAAUCCCUUGUGAAACUGAAGAGUUCAAAAUUGCAACUGUACAAUGCACUACAGAUUCCAAAGUAGUCUUGCCAGAGGAGGAGACAGAAACAGUUAGUAACACCAUCAUUCACCAGGUUAACUCUUGUUCAGAAAAUUCCAUUGACAAAACCAUAGUCCAGUCAAAAGACAAUGGUACCAAGAAAUUACCAGAAUGUGUGAUGGGUAUGGAUGUACCUGCUGACUCCUGUCAAGAGGACCCCAUUUCCUCUUACAAAGAGAAGGUGGAAAACGUCAGGCGAUUGUCAAUUGCCAAAAUAAGCAAACCUACGUUGCAUGGGCGGCCCGGCGAAGUGCUCGAUUUUGAUCUCGAUACAGCCUGUACAUCAGAUCAGAAAGCCAAUGUGAAUGAUCUGAUUGAGCGGUUUGUCCAGCAAGCUACAAAUACUAAAAAAUCGCCGCAGAAGAAAGACCAUCAGAUCAGCAUCGUUCACAAAGUUAUGAAUGCGGAGGGUCAACUUGAAUUGAAAAAGGAUAUCCUAAACGUUCCUGUCGAUAAUAAUUCGUCGGAGCGCGCAUCUGCAGUUCGCCGUCAAUUUCUGAAAGAUUCUUUGCGUCAAUCCAUAUCAGCCAAACGGGCUGUUGAUCGUAUAAAAAAAAUAGAAAAUCAACAAGUUGAGGAUGAAGAUUUCCCAUUAGAGGAUAAGCUUGAUAGUGAACCAGAAGAAGAAAUAUUAUCAGAUCUUUCAGUUACAGAAUCAGAAGAAGAGGACGGGUACGACUUUGAGCGUACUAAAAAAGUGAAAAAGAAGAAAAAUACAUUUGUUGAGGAAGAGGCUGAAGACAGUGACCAAGAUCCUGAAGAUCAAGACCAUGAAGAUUCUAUUGGUUACGAAGAAAAUGAUGAAGUCAAAAAUAAAUCAGUAGUACAAACAUCUAACCUGUCUGACGAUCAAAGUAAUGGUUUUGAACCUCCACUCAACUUUAAAGUAGAUGCAAAAAAGCUGGAUUCGUGUUUAGAUAAAAGUACAUCUACCCUAAGAUCGGAUGUGAAGCCUAGUUUGAAAGGAAUCGGAUGUUCUAGUUCAUUUGAGGAUCUCACUCCAAACUUGGACAUGAGUGAUAGUGCUGAAGAAGAAGAUAUUAUUCCUAAGUUGAAGUGCACACAAAACAAUGAAACCUCAAACGUCGAAGAACUAUUGGCCCUCUGCUCGGGAAAAUUCCCUGAUUCACUUUCUGGAAGAGACACGCAAAUAAGUAGUUUGACUGAAAAUGCAGAUGACGAAUCUGAUGAAGAAGUUAAGCCGUUCGCAAGAAUAAUUCCAAUGGCUGAUGAGGAUGACGAGGAAGAUGGCUCCAGUAGUGCUCUCCCAAAAUUCGUUUCUGAAAAUGACGCUGAUGAACCUGGAACUGUGCCUUCUUUUUUAGAGGAUGAAGAAAAAUCACUGUCAAAGGUGAAAAAAAGGGCUCGUGUUUGUCUGUCAGAUGACGAAGAUGAAACUAUCGAUGAAAACCAUUCGUUUGUCGAAGAAGAGGAAAUGCAUGAAGAGGAACGAGAAUUUAGAGGUCUGACUGAGUUUUUUGAAGACGAGGCUGAACUGUCCGGUUCCGAAGUUGGCAGCGGUGACGAACGAGAAGACGAAAUGGAUGACUGGGAGGAGGAGGAAGGCGAUAAGGAGGAUAUUGAUGAAAACGAAGUUCGUGAGCAAGUUGGAAGAGCCCAUAUGAAGACAAUGCUUGAUCAAGACCAGCGUGAAGUUCGACUUUUUCAAGAGCUUUUUCUCGAAGAUGGAGAUUUGCAUUCUGAUGGCGGUGGAAGGCAAAGACAAUUUCGGUGGAAACAGGCUGAUGGUGAAAAUACUGAGGGAGACGGUGCCCGUCCAAAAAAUCAAGAAGAUGAAGAAGAUGACGCUGCUGAAGAACAUGAUGAUCUCACAUGGAGAAAAAUUCGCAGUGAUAGAGAAAAAUGGCUCCUGCAACAAAAGUUGCAACAGGAAACGAAUAAAGAAGUGCCAUUGGUUAUGAGCCGGCAAACUAAAAUGGUGAAAAUCAACACUGCUUCCAAAACCAUUAAUCAAAUUACAGAAGGCGAUUCCUCCGCUGCAACUGCCAACGCCAAGCAUUCAACGCAUUCUAAGGCGAACAUUGUGACCACUGUGAGACGCGGAUCUUUUUUACGCAGAAGUGAAAAAGAUUUAUCAGAAAUUGCAUCGUUGACGAAAUCCGUGUUGCCUGUUCAGGCACCAAGGGUCGGUUCCAAUUUUGUAUUUGCAUCCAUUACUCCGGAGAGGCCAGUCGCCGAGCAAAAUAGGAAACAUAAACAAGAUAGUUCUAAAUGCGAUUCAUCCAAGCAAAAUCCAGCACCAGCCAAGAAAGCUAAAAUGUCUCUGAGUGCAAAGAGUAUUUUCUCUUACUUUUAGGCGUUAUUUCUUUUGUAUAUGUUUGUUUCAACUUGAAACCCAAGUGCGUGAAUCCGAACUUGAAGAAUUUUAUCUGAAUUUACAUUUUAUGAAUACAAUCUAGAUUUCAUAUGA